CCUUGACAUAAAGGAAAAGUAACCUCAAAUAACCCUAAAACCCGAUGACAUGAGCUAACUAUAAAAUAAUUUUGGCUUCUGAAAACAAUUAUAUAAACAUAUAAUUUUAUUCCAAAUUAUGGCUACGAAAAAACCGAUAUCGUGGUUUUUAACUGAAAGAGGUCGAAGGUUUUCUUUUGCAAUUGUUACCAGUACCGGCAUUGCUCUUACUGCUGCACGAUUUGCUCCUCAUACCUUUUUCUUAGGACAUUACAAAGAUUUCGUUCAUUACUAUAGUAAUGGAAAGCCAGGAGAACUCUCAGACGAUCUUCAAAAGAAAUAUGAAAAAUGUUUAGACAUUUUAAAAGUAUCACAAGUCCAUAGAAAAUUAAUUGAACCAUUUACCGUUUUUGGAUAUGACUUAUUUCAUGCUGGAAGUACCAGUUCGAAAUUUGGUGCUCUUGUUGGGAUUCCGAUAAAUUUUACCUAUCAAUCAUUAGACGAUAUUGAGAAACAAAAUGUCCAGGUUAAUCAGAAAAAAGUGGAUUUGUCGUCUGAAGUUGGUAAAAAGCUAGCAGACGCCUUAUUAUUACCAGAUAAAGUGAAAGAAUUUGCCAUCUGUAGAGAAAUACUAAUGACUCAGAACAGUAAAGUCAUGUUUGAAUCUACUUACCCAUUUAUGUCUAUAUUCUUGGUGUAUAAUUUGUCACAGUAUUUGAAUAGAAGACUCAAUUUAUAUGCAGCCCCACAGAACGCUAGGGCUAUACUUUAUUCUAUCAUAGGAUUAUUUGGCUUAGGAGUAUACUUUCUGAUGAAAGAUAUGACAGAAGUACAUUACGAAACAAGUGUUGAUAAGAAGUUGUGUGAACUAGGUCCUGAUUUUAUUGAAAGUGGUGCAAUAUUUUAUGAAAAAUUAUUACAAAGAAACCAAGCCUUAAGAGAAUUAAUGGGUAAAGAAGGUGAAAAGAAGUACUCUAAACUAGGUAAUGAAAAUUAUAGCUUACGACAACCACACGUGGCAUUAAUUCAUAGAAAACAAUUUUUCGAUCAACAAUUAAAAGAAAGUAAAGAAAAAUUAGAUGAGAACAUUAAAAACAACACAAAUUUUUCAGAGUCCUAAUGUACAAAAUUAUCUAUUCAAUUAGUAUAAGAUAGUAGGAAACAUUGUUUAUAAUAAUAAAAAAAUAUAAGUUUA